AUGACAUUUGUGCCCCAAGUUAAGCAGGUGCCCCAACUUCGAGCUGAUGAUAAUUUAUUCUGUUCUUACACACGAAUGAGUACAAGAACUUUCGACUACAUAAAAGAGGAAAUUGAAAAUGAAUGCUAUCAUAAAACAACCAAUUUUAAAAUACCAAUUUCUGUGGAAGAGAGACUGAUUAUUACUUUAAGAUACCUUGCUACUGGUUUAGCUUUUAGGCAAAUUGCUUUAAUCUUUAGAAUUUCAAAAACAGCAGUGUCUUCAAUUGUUAUCGAAAUUUGUAAAGCAAUUUGGAAAAUAUUGAAAGAAAAACAUAUGGCCACACCUACGAUGGCUGAUUUCGAAAAAAUUGUACAAGAAUUUUAUGAAAAUUGGAAUUUUCCAAAUUGUGUUGGGAGUAUAGACGGCAAACAUAUUCGGAUAAAAUGUCCAAAAAAAUCCGGUAGUAUGUUUUUCAGUUAUAAACAGUUUUUCUCUAUUGUUUUGAUGGCUCUUGCAGACACAAAUUAUAAAUUUAUUAUGAUUGACGUCGGAUCUUAUGGAAAAGAUAGCGAUGGAGAAUGUGUGUCGUCUGGAUACUGGAAAUUUGGUGGUACGUUGGAUGUACGGUAG